AUGGGAAAAUCUGGAGACCUAGGCCCUGAUGGAGAGCCUGGCUUCAAGGGCAGACAUGGAGCCCCUGGUGAGAGUGGACCUAAAGGCCAGAAGGGAGACCACGGCAAUGUGGGACUCACUGGACCUGAUGGUGUCUCAGGAGCUACAGGACCCAAUGGUGAAAAUGGAAUCAAUGGGGACAUUGGAGCUCCUGGUCCAAAAGGAUCUGCUGGGAAAUCUGGGCCUGCUGGAAACCAAGGGCCUGUGGGAAUUGGUGGAGAAAGUGGACUGACUGGGAUGAGAGGAACUCCUGGAAAACCAGGAGGAAGAGGUUUUAAAGGGAAAGAUGGCCCAAAAGGACAGUCUGGAACUGGAGGAGUAAAGGGCAACAUGGGGGAGAAAGGGAUGCAAGGUACAGAGGGACCUCGGGGUGAAAUGGGUGUGUCGGGAGCACGUGGCUACGCAGGACCUGUUGGCAUCCAGGGUAACAUUGGCAUGUGGGGUGAGAUGGGCACUCAGGGACCGCCUGGUGAUCAGGGUCCACCAGGUCUUGUUGGUCCACAAGGAGUCACCGGUUACCCUGGUAAAGAUGGCCCUCAGGGAGAGUUUGGGCCAGCUGGAACCAGAGGAGUGAAGGGAUCCUUGGGACCAAUGGGACAGGAUGGUGUUGCUGGUCUCGAUGGUGAGGAGGGUCCACCAGGACAAACUGGGUCCAUUGGACCAACUGGACAAAAAGGCUGGUUGGGUGAAAAGGGUCUCAGCGGGCCAGAUGGGUUGAGAGGGCCAAAGGGGACUGAAGGUGAAAAGGGGAGCCAAGGCCAUCACGGGUUGCCUGGUCCUCUCGGAAAACAGGGAGUCACUGGACCACGAGGGACCAGAGGUGAGCAAGGAGUCACAGGAAGGAAGGGAGAUUUAGGCCUCACCGGUCCACCUGGGAUGCCUGGAAGAUUUGGAACUGGGGGAGAAACCGGUCCUACAGGUGUCAAAGGCCAGACAGGUUUACAGGGUCGAAAGGGCCCAUUUGGUAACACUGGACCUGCUGGGCCUCCUGGUCCGACAACACCGGGUUCUCCUGGCCACAGAGGAGGUGAUGGGAAGCCUGGAAAAGCAGGAGGGAAGGGAAGUCGGGGUGAGAAGGGCUCAGCUGGUCUUCCUGGCAAUAAAGGUGACAUGGGCUUGAGAGGAGAGCGUGGUGUGAAAGGUGAAUCUGGUGCAAUGGGUUUAAAGGGUUCCGUGGGGAAGAAGGGUAUCGUUGGCAGCCCAGGGGCAAAAGGUCAUCCAGGGCCUGCUGGUCCUCCAGGUGUUCCAGGAAUUAGUGGUAUCAAGGGGUCAAAGGGAAGUGCAGCAAGUCCUGGGGUGAAGGGAAGCAAAGGAGAUCCCGGAGAAGCUGGACCAGAGGGUGCUGUAGGGAGAAAAGGGCCUCUGGGAAGAUCUGGAAAACAUGGCCUAAGAGGUUUGGAUGGAUUGCUCGGUGUAGAUGGUAACGAAGGAUAUCCGGGUGAUGGUGGCAACAACGGAGAUCCUGGUAAACCUGGCAAGCCUGGUAGGAUGGGAAAACCUGGGCCACCAGGGACCAGAGGAAUCAUGGGUGCAGCUGGAGCCAAGGGCAAAUCAGGGCCAGAAGGGAAAGCAGGACUUCUCGGACCAGUGGGUCCAAGAGGCGUACCAGGGCUAACAGGAGAGACAGGAGUGACUGGGACGACCGGAUUGUCGGGUUUUCCAGGGGAGGCUGGCGUAGUAGGACCGUUGGGGCCGCCUGGGCCGAAGGGAGAGCAAGGACAUGCAGGGAUGAAAGGAGAAAAGGGGCGUCAGGGAAAGCCAGGAUACGUUGGUCCCCGUGGUUCUCCUGGGCGGCAAGGAAUCCAAGGAAGCCCUGGGGAACGUGGAAAGAAGGGCCAAAAGGGUGUCCAAGGAAGUUCAGGAGCAAAAGGACUGAAGGGCAAGCAAGGAUUUCCAGGAAGUGUUGGUCCACCAGGCAGGACAAUAAAUGGUGAAAUGAAAGCCAAGAAGAGUUCAAAACCAAAAGUAAAGCCUAACGUCUCGAAGAACAGCCAAGCAAAGGCGAACCGUGUUAAAAGAUGGUCCAAAAACUAUGAAGAUUCCUUCAGCUGGCCACAGGGGACCAAGGAAGACCCUGCCACCUCCUGCUAUGAACUCGGACUCAUUCAUCCACAUCUCAGUGACGGUUUCUAUUACAUGGACCCCAACCAGGGUUGUCCCUAUGAUGCUUUGAGGGUCUUCUGCAACUUUACAGCAGGAGGUGCGACCUGUAUUGAGCCAUCACUGCCAAAGGUUGAAUUGCAGUGGAGAAGAACAAAGCAACAACCAGCAGAGCCCAUCGUCUGGUGGAGUCAGGGGAGUCCCAUGAAACAGUUUGAGUACGUGGGUGCAGAUGUGGUCCAGCUCAGGUUCAUGCGUUUAAGCAGCCUCACAUCCUACCAGCACAUCACUGUCAGCUGCACAAGCCAGUCGAAAACUGCUGCCGCAACCACUUUCCCUAAUGACUUUCUUUAUUUCCUGGGAGACUCUGGCACAGAGAUCCGCUCACAAUUGACUUCAGUGUCCAGAAAGGACUGUGAGGUGGAGGUUCUUGUUAAAGUGCGUGGAAGCACAGAGCUUCACCGUGGCGACAUGGAGCUGCUUCCCAUCAGAGAUGUGGGUGUCAAGGUUCUGUUUGAAUCCCUCCACCUCUUUGACUUAGCAGUGGAGCUCGGACCAGUCUGCUUCUUGUGAUGAAGGAUCACACCGCCUGUAAAUAGAAUGUUGUUUGCAUUUUAUACUUAUAGAAUCUUACAUGAAUUUUUUCACUUUAUUUAAUUAGCAGGGGAUGUUUUAGUUAAAGUCACCCUCUGUACUUGCCUGUAGCAAGUGGAGGAAACUGCCUCGUGAAGAUUAAGAUCAAGUACAAUCAUCGAAUAUCAAUACACGCUGAAAUUCCCAGCACGUAAUAUCGAAGUUAUGUAAAUGUCAUUGCACUUGUUUCAUGCGCUUGUGUAAAAUAAACGAUAACAUUUGUGUCAUGGAUGUUAA